CUUCAUCAAAAAAUCAUCUUCCUCUUAAGAAACCAAAAGCCAGCUCGCUCUCUUUCUUUCUCUCUCUGUGUCUUUCUAUGGAGACCUUCUUCCUCAGCCACGGAUCGCCAAGGCUCUUGAUAAAGGAGAUGCAGGUGAGGCGUUUCCUCGAGUCGUGGAAGUCGAAGGUUUUCCCGGAGGCUCCCAAAGCCAUUCUUUUGAUUUCUGCUCACUGGGAGACAGACGAGCCCGUCGUCAACUACAUCGACGGCCCAAAUGACACCAUCCACGACUUUACCGGCUUCCCCAAGCAUUUAUAUGAGCUACAAUAUCCUGCACCAGGUGCACCAGAACUAGCCAAUAGGGUGAAAGAAUUGCUUCGAAAUGGUGGCUUUGAUAGUGCUGAGGAGGACAGGACUCGUGGGCUUGACCAUGGAGCUUGGGUUCCACUGAUGCUCAUGUACCCAGAGGCUAACAUACCAGUUUGCCAACUUUCUGUCCAAACUAACAAAGAUGGAACACACCAUUAUAAUAUGGGAAAGGCAUUAGCUCCUCUAAAAGAGGAGGGUGUUCUAAUAAUUGGUUCAGGAUCUGCUACACAUAAUCUCAUGAAGCAAGGUCCUGAUGAUGCUCCGGCACCGAGUUGGGCUGUCGAGUUUGAUAACUGGCUCACAGAGUCUCUCCUUAAUGGAAGGCAUGAAGAUGUGAAUCACUAUGAUGAGAAGGGCCCUAGUGCUAAAUUAGCACAUCCUGAGCCAGAGCAUUUCUAUCCCCUGCAUGUUGCUCUUGGUGCUGCGGGAGAGAAUGCAAAAGCAGAACUGAUCCAUCAUAGCUGGGGAAGUUCCUCGAUUUCUUAUUCCUCUUAUAAGUUCAAGGCUGCAUAGUUCUGUAUAUAUUUUGCUUUAUUAUAUGUGCCACUACUCCACUAUACUUCAUCUGUUCUUUGUGUUCAAGUGUUCUUUAAUUGCCAGAAGAGUGUUGUGCUUGUAAUUGUUAUUUUAACUUUGUGGUGAAGUAGCCCGAAAAUGUCUCUUCAGUUAUA